AAGCUGAAAUUUUUAGUGGCAGAGUCUAUUCGAUUCUGUGCUCGCUGAUUCAUCAAGCUGAAAUUUUUAGUUGUUGGGGUUGUACAGUUUGUGUGGUUGAAUCCUGAAACAUGAAUCGGUCAAAGGAUGUUUGGCGCUGCCUAUGUAAGAUCACCACCACCAAGCCCCAUGUUUAUGGGGUUCUUGAUUCUCAGGGAAAUGUUGUUGCCAACCACAACCCCAUCAUUGUAUCUCGGCGAUUCCGAAGCAGCAUUAACGAUGGGAAUGAAGUGGAUCAUCAAUUGACGAGGGAUUUCCUUGUUAAGCUUUGGGUUGCUGAUAGGAAAAUGAGAAACCCCAGAGGAAAGCAGCAAGGGAGGAAAUUGGUCAAAUACCGAGGUGAUGGUGACCCUAGAUGGUUUUCGGGUUCAUCUGCUGCAGAACAUGGUGGUGUUAUGAGAAAAGGUGAAAGGGUAUUGAAGCAACCACCUAUUAGUCAAUCUGUCUCUGAGUUUUUAGACCCAGAGUCUCCACAAGAGGCCAAGGUAGCAACUCUGCUUGCCAGGUCCAACUUGCUAAUUACCAGAGAUAUCGAGUGGGCAAAUCUUGCAUUUGGCUUUGAACAGGAAAAUCGUUAUGCCAUUGUAGAUGUGUGCUACCCCCAGUCGCCUGUAGGUUUUAUCCGUGAACAGAGCAAUGUCAUUACCAGACAGUUGCUUCGUUCAAGGCGGCCUUUUGUUGCAUCCAUAACUGAUGGUGUGGGGAACGAGCUCUUUAGGGUUCGCAGACCCUUUUGGUGGAUAACAAGCUCAAUUUAUGCUGAAAUUGAUGGUAAGGAAGUUGGAGUAGUUCACAGGCGGUGGCAUCUCUGGAGGAGAAUCUAUGAUUUGUACCUGGGGAAUAAGCAAUUUGCAGUGGUUGAGAAUCCUGGCUUAUGGAAUUGGACAUUCUCCUUGAAAGAUAUUAAUGGUGAGGUGGUUGCUCAAAUAGAUCGUGAUUGGAGGGGUUUUGGCUUUGAGAUUUUGACCGAUGCGGGUCAGUAUGUGAUUCGAUUUGGGAGUUCUGAUCCUGGCUCCAAGAUUGGCCUCGCUACUGCGAUUCAGGAGCUGGAAGUCGCUCGCUCAUUGACCCUCACAGAAAGAGCUGUAGCUGUAGCUCUUGCUAUAUCUCUAGAUAAUGACUAUUUCUCAAGACAUGGAGGCUGGGGGUUACCCUUGAUUGCCAUGGGCGAAUAAAUUUGAUUUGACAGACAGUGUCAUCUGGUUACCAUCUACUGGAAGCAUAAUCCCUGAAGCCAUUCUCUCUCAAGUAGUUUUUAAAUUGGAAGGUGUUCUAAGCUAACGCCAAGGUUGACUCCGCAUUGGGUGUUGGAAUAUUCUGACCCUUGUGAUGGGAUGAUGAGAUAAAAACUUAUUAAUUAUGAGCUGUUACCAUUUUCUAACAAAUCAAGUAUUCAAGCAAGUAAUUGAGUUCUGGAGUUGUAAAUGAAUAAAUUGUAAUUGGUGCUUUCAACUAUUCAAUG